UCAUUCGUUCGUGAUCGAUUACUCUACUUGCCACUAGGUCAGCCAUUCCAGGAGUCAGGGAAAGUAAUCGAGCAAAGAUCGCAUUUUGUCUGGGAGAGAAACUCUGUCAAAAUGCCUCUCGGUCGGUUAUUGUUGCGGACUUCAGCUGUCAAUAAGAUGGUUAGCAGACAUUUCUUUAUAGCUUCCAAACCGGAUCCCUCCAAGCCAAACAUGCUGAGACUAGGACUGGCAUUUGGAAGCGCCGCUGUCUUGUGGGCAUUGCUGUUUAAACAGCACAGCACUGAUGUGCAUGAGUACAAAACACAGAGUGGGUUAGAGUAAUCCAUGAGACCAUGGCAACGAUUGCUCUGUGUUUUGUGGAUCUUCUGUGUUUCCUGCUUCACUGUGUCCUCUGCUUUUGAAAGAUGUACAAUAAUGUUUAUUAAAGAUGUGUAUAUAUAA